GCCCCGCCUUCCCUGUCUACGGACAGAACAAGCCCUCCAUCACGCCCUUCGGGCAGCCAAUGGCUGUCCCUGGGAUGUCCAAUAACCCGUUCAUGGCGGGUUCCUUCCCUUCAGGAGGCUCCUCCACCAACCCCUUCCUGUAA